AUGGCGGCAGCACCAGCCCUGUCUAUGUCUUGCAACGAAUAUGGCACAUUGGACAAAGACGCCUUGAUUUUGAUUUCGGACAGCGAUUACUGCGACGAAGCCGAAUGCGUCGUGGAUCAGGACUGCUACGUGCAGACCGAAACCACUUUUAACGCGAUUGGGUACUUUAUGGACUAUCCACAACACCCGUCGGGCUACACGAAGCUCUCUUUCGAUGGCGGCAACGAAGAGAUUGACUUGUCGUACUUCGAGCUACCCAACUAUAUCAAUGAAUUGACAUUCAUCAACUUCCCCACUGUGAAGCUCCUCAAAGAUUUCGUGUGGCCAACUCAAUUAUCGAAAUUGACCUUUCAAGGGGUGGACGAGAUCGACAUCUCGUCGAAUGUCCAUCAUUUCCUCCGACGUCUCGACGCUUCCAGCAUUUCCACGUGGUUGAACUCGACCUCAGUAUCGGACACUCAGUCAUUCGAGACUUUACCACCUUCGCUCACGUUUUUGUCUCUGGCGAAGAAUGAUAUCAAGGAACUUGUCAACUUGGACUGGCGCCAACUCUCCACUUUGAGCUUGAGCGACAGCCCGGCGCUUGACGUCAUUUCGAAUGUUUCGCUCAGUUCGAAACUCGAAAACUUAACACUCAACAAUCUCAACCUGGUCAGCUGGACCAUGGACAAGCCUACGUACGAUGCAGUCAACAAGCUCCAGGCCGCCACACAAGGCAAAUCCAACGGAUACGAGGCCAAAAGCCUCCAGAUCAGCUCCAAUUCUUGUAAUCUGACGAAUCGUGCAACGCUUUGGGGCAAGACGACGGCUGCUGUUUGUGUUUUGCCUGGCACUUCCGUCACCGAAUUGCCACCCUCGUCCACGUUGCCACCGAUCACGACGGGCACUCCAACGCAACCGUCUACGACGACACCUCUGCCCCCCAAGACACCUUCGAACGUUGUGAUUACCGUUGGCAUUGCUCUCGGGGCGGCGCUUAUGCUCGGGGGGAGCACUCUGCAUGACCGAGACGUCGCCGUCAAAGUAUUGGUUGAUUCAAGUACCAAGACAUUGGACCAGAUCAAGUCCUUCUCGGACGAAAUGGACCUCAUGUCGACAUGCAAGAGCCCAUUUGUCGUGGCCUUCCUUGGGCCGGGCGAAACCAAGCAAGGCGACCUCAUGUACUUUAUGGAAUUGAUGGCUGGAGGGGACCUGAGGGCUGCGGUCACAUUCUCGACAUUGCCUGUGGCCUCGAGUAUUUGCAUUCGAUAA